UUGGGAUAGGAGAGAAAGAGAAGAAGAACAGGACUUUUGGGAUAGGAGAGAAAGAGAAGAAGAACAGGACUUUUGGGAUAGGAGAGAAAGAGAAGAAGAACAGGACUUUUGGGAUAGGAGAUAAAGAGAAGAAGAACAGGACUUUUGGGAUAGGAGAUAAAGAGAAGAAGAACAGGACUUUUGGGAUAGGAGAGAAAGAGAAGAAGAACAGGACUUUUGGGAUAGGAGAGAAAGAGAAGAAGAACAGGACUUUUGGGAUAGGAGAGAAAGAGAAGAAGAACAGGACUUUUGGGAUAGGAGAGAAAGAGAAGGAGAGAAGAUGGGGAGGAAAAAGAUCCAGAUAGCACGGAUUAUGGAUGAACGUAACAGACAGGUGACAUUCACAAAGCGGAAGUUUGGCCUGAUGAAGAAGGCGUAUGAGCUGAGUGUUCUGUGUAACUGUGAGAUCGCCCUCAUCAUCUUCAACAGCACCAAUAAAUUGUUCCAGUAUGCCAGCACUGACAUGGACAAGGUCCUGCUCAAAUACACAGAGUACAACGAACCUCACGAGAGCAGGACUAACUCCGACAUCGUGGAAACUCUGCGUAAGAAGGGUCUAAAUGGUUGUGACAGUCCCGACAUCGAGGCAGACGACUCUGCUGGUCAGAGCCCCGAGUCAGAGGACAAAUACCGCAAAAUCAAUGAAGACAUUGACCUCCUGAUCAGCAGACAGAGACUCUGUCAGGCUCUCCCCCCGCCUAACUACGACAUGGUUGGCUCCAUCCAGGGCCAAAACAACAGUGGACUACUAUACUCUCACCCCGGGGUGGGGGGAUCCUUGUAUAACCACAGUCUUCUGCCUCUUUGCCAAACACACUCUGGCCUGCAGAGGAACAGCAUGUCGCCUGGACCCCAACACACACACCAACCCCCCAGUGCUGGAAACUCAGGAGGGAUGAUGGGUUCAGAGCUGUCUAACACCGUCUCCAACGCUGGUAGUGGUAACUAUGGUAACCACUGUACCUCACCAGGGCUGUUAUCUCCAGGAGGCAUGGCCAACACUUCACCCCCGAUGAUUCAGGCCAAGACUUCGCCCCCGAUGAACUCCAUGACCCUGAUUGGCAACCGCAAGCCGGACCUCCGCACGCUGCUACCCCCUGGCAACAAGAACAACAUGCCCUCCAUCAACCAGAGAAUAAACCACUCCCAGUCUGCCCAGACAUUGGCUACCCCCGCAGUCUCCAUAGCAACACCUACUCUGCCCGGGCAGGGUAUGGUAGGGUACCCCUCUGCCCUCUCCACCUCAUAUGACACAGAGUACUCUCUGGGUGACCUGUCAGGGUUUGGUAACAGAUCAGGAUCUCUCCACCUGGGAUCAGUAACAGGCUGGCAGCAACAACCGCUACAGAAUAUACAGCAGUCAGCACUGGGACACAUGGGAAACAUUUGUCAGAACUCCAACCUUACCCUCCAGAAUGUCCAUCAGAACCUCUACAUCAAGUCAGAGCCCACCUCCCCGCCCAGAGAUCGAGGCAUCGGAUUUGUCAACGGAGGGAUGGGGGGUGUGUCCCAUGGCUACCCAACAAAUCAGGGCCCAGCGGAGGCAGGGCAGUCUCCUGGCGACAGCCUAUCCAGCUGUGGCAGCUCAUACGAUGGCAGUGAUCGAGAGGAUCACCGCGGAAAUGACAACUUCCUGCUACACCCGAUGUCCAAUCAGGAGCGCCACAGCCCGUCCCUCAAACGAACGCGCCUAUCAAAAUGCUGGGCUACAUGAUAAGGCAUGCCUCUUAUUCACAGAGGGGGAGGGGCUUGAGUAGAGUUACGUUUAGUGUUAUUAUGACUAUUAUUAAGCUUGUGUCCAAAAUGGCACCCUUUUCCCUACAUAGUGCUCUUGCCAAAAGUAGUGCACUUUAUAGGGAAUAGGGUGCUAUUUCAGAUUUGCCCUAUAUUCUUCUUGUGCAGAGUGAGAGUGUUCCACUAUAACAGGGACAUUAUAUACAGGAGUGUGGAGGGAAUAUAACAGUGACAGACUGGGUCUGAAAUGGAACCCUAUUGCCCACGUAGUGCACUAACUAUGGGGAAAUAGGGAGUGAUUUGAGACAACCAGUGAUAUUAUACAGGAGUGAGGGUGGAUAUGGUGUGGGGGAGUCAGUGUGGGAGGUCUGUUGCCUGUGUUGUGUAUUUGUGGGAGAGGGAGGGAAUCAGCAAAUUAAUAUGUACACUAUGUAAACUAACUAACAAAGGUUGAAGAAGUCUGGUACUCUGUAUGGAUAAGAUACUGGUGAGUCACUAAUAUACUAGGAGACACAAGGACAGGCACUGUGAGUGGACACGUGUGUGUGUGUGUGUGUGUGUGUGUGUGUGUGUGUGUGUGUGUGUGUGUGUGUGUGUGUGUGUGUGUGUGUGUGUGUGUGUGUGUGUGUGUGUGUGUGUGUGUGUGUGUGUGUGUGUGUGCGUGCGUGUUCGCUCGCUACCUAGGCUCUGAUGUCCCAAUCUGCAGCUGGCUGACUAGCAGAUAGCGUGAGUGUUCACUACAACCCAUUCAUGUUGCCGGUUCAACAUAUUUAUGUGUAUAUAUAAAUGAAGAACAAGGGAGGAUUUGGCAGACAGAGAGAGAAAAUGAAAGGGAUAGAGAGAUAGACAGAGAAGGGAGGGAAAGACUGAUGGAGAAAGGAAGAGAGCGAUAGAAUGAGACAGAGAAAAAGGACAACGAUAGGGGGAGAGGGAAGAAGGAGAGGGUGAAAGCCAUUAUGCAACAGGUUGCACAAAGCUGGAACUAUAGAAUAAUAGUGAUUGAUCGAUCAAGAAGUCAUUCUAAUAUUCUAAUUAUACAGCUGGAACCCUGGACAACUAGAAUGUCUCACUUGAAAUGAAGGCGCCUAGGAAUUGUAGUUCAACUCAGUCAGAAUAGCCAUAUGCUAUAUGCUAACAAAUACUAUCUGAGUCAUAUACACUACAGUGCUACUCAUUCAGAUGGAUAGAAAAAGAGACUUUUUACCAGCCAGAUAGACAGAGCCACAUGGAGGAGGUGGUGUGAGUUAAAACAGAACUCCCAAAGCCAUAUUAUUAUAAAAUGAGAAGUCAACGCUUUGCUGCACAAACAAGUGGUUUCUCUUUAUGGUAAUUUGAAAAUAUUUUGAAAAUCAAAACUAUGAAAUAACACAUAUGGAAUCAUGUAGUAACCAAAAAAGUGUUAAACAAAUCAAAAUCUAUUUUAUAUUUGAGAUUCUUCAAA